ACGUUGGAACAAACUGUGCCCCGAAGACCAACACACAUUCUGAUCAGGUUCUUAGUGAACAAUUAGCUCUGAGGUUGCAGUUAUGUUGGAUAAAGCUUUGUCAUGUUUUCUCUAUUUAUUUAGUUUGUUGUAUCAGGCCUUUGUGCCAUGUUCAGUUCCUGAGCUGUUGCCUGUCAACACUGUCGACCAUCAGCAGUAUUUGGGGAAAUGGUACUUUAAAGCGGCAGUCAGUCGCAGAGAGGCUGACAUCCACAAGUUCAAAGCACUGGACAACAUGUGGUUCACCAUGGAGGAGUUGACCAACAGCACACUGCUGCUGACUGGACACAUGCGCAUGGGAGAUAACUGCAUUAAACAGACCUGGACCUAUCACAUACGUCCUGACAGGGACGAUAUGGAACUGGAAGGAAGGCCGCAGCGGAGGAACCUGCUCUGGAGCGGCAAGUGGGCCAACUGUCCCGAAUGCAUCAUUUUCCAGGAAGUAGAGCCACCUCUAAAAGAGACAGACUCAGAGGACUCCCUCAACAGACACAUGCUGUAUGCUCGCCAGAGUGACGGUUACUCUGAGGCGGUGACGGCAUUUCUGAAAAACUUGGCUUGUCAUAACAUGUUGGAAAGUGUCAGACUACCUCAAGAGAAAGAGUUGUGCACCUAAAUAUUAACACUGAGGAAGUUGCUGGAGCCGUGGAUGUCCCAGAUGAUAUUAAGAUUAUUUCAUGUUUUCACUGUGUAACAACAAAUAAAGCAAAAAGUCUCUCCUUCA